AUGGCUCCAAAGAACCGUAUCAUUAUCGACACCGACCCAGGCAAGCUGUCUCCUGCCCCGGGCCCACGGGUUGACGAUGUGCUUGCUAUACUGCUCGCCCUCACCGCGCGGCCGGACGAGCUAGAGGUCGCCAUGAUCUCGGUGACAUAUGGCAAUGUGUCGUUGCAAAGAUGUCUGCGCAACGUCGUCGCACUGUUCCACGUGCUGGAGAAGGAGAAUGCGUGGCGCAAAUCUUCAGGCAAGCCCGAGGGCUUCGAGGCCUUGCGGACGGCCAAGCCCAUCGUUGCGGUUGGCGCCGAGCACCCUCUGCAGGAAGAUAUCCUCAAGGCCGAUGACUUUCACGGCGCUGAUGGCUUGCAUGGCGUCCAUGAGGCUCACCCGGAUCUCAGCCCUGCAGAUACUUGGAAGUCGCUUUUCGCUAGAGACGAAACCCACCAGGCUGCAGGCUCUGCUGAACCACCUACAUUUUCCCCCUACUUCACCCCCUCGAAGACACCUGCGCACCAGGAGAUGCUUCGCAUCCUCAGGGAGAGUCCCGAGGACACCGUUACCAUUGUUGCUGUCGGACCCCUGACCAACGUGGCCCUCGCGGCAGCCGAGGAUCCGCAUACUUUUUUGCGCGUGAAGGAGGUGGUAGUCAUGGGCGGCGCUGUACAUGUCGAAGGCAACAUCACCCCAGUGGGCGAAUUCAACUGUUACGCUGAUACAGUGGCCGCCGCCAGGGUAUAUGCUCUGACAUCCCCCACGCCUUCUUCCACUAUGCCUCCGUUCAUCGAGGGCAAGUCCACUUUCGGACCCUACCCGGCCAAGCUACCCAAAAGGCUCCUGCUCAGCCUCUUCCCACUCGACAUCACGACGCCACAUUUGCUCAACAAGAGCUUCUUCGCGCAGACCAUCCAGCCAUUGAUCGAUGCAGGCAGCCCUCUGGCUCGGUGGAUAGCGACGUUUAUGUUCGGCACGUUCAACAAGAUCGAUUCCAUGCUCGGCGACGGCAGCGAACCAGGGCUGUCCCUCCAUGACCCGCUUACUAUCUGGUACAUGCUGACACGCGACGAUCCUGCUUGGAAGGCGGUACCCAAACCCGAGGAUAUACGGAUCGAGACCAUCGGGCAGUGGAGCCUGGGCAUGCACGUCAUUGACCGCCGGAACAGGAGCAAGCAGGGUGAGGAGCAGGACAGCACGGUCAAGACCAGCCCAGAGGACCCGUUGGAUGCAGUGGAGUUCGACGACGGGCCCCAUGACAACGGCGGCUGGCUGAGCGUUAAGAAGGGAAACAAGAUCAACCGCAUUGUUGAGUCGCCCGGGGAAGAUGUCUUCGCACCGUACUUGAUGAAACGUCUCUUUGGAUAG